CACGAACAAAGCGCUAUCGCUUCGUCUGAAGUGAAACAACGACUCCAAGAGUUUGUUUUGAGCAAAAAACAGAGAGAAGCGGCCGCAGCCAACAGUGCCAACAACUCGCCGCCCACUCCCGGCACCAGAAACUGGCAACCAAUUAUUGGAAAAUAUGAGAACGACUUCCCCCUCCGAAAAACA